AUGAAGAUACAGGCCAGACAUUUGAGUGGUGCUUUUAGUGUCAGAAAUAAAAUUAGAUCCAUUUUGGAUGAUUGGGUUAGCUACUCUUCCACGAAAGACAGUAAAGAACCCACUAUUGGCGAAAAGCUUAAGGAAGUUUCCUCGGAAAAGCCCAAAAAGGAUACGGAGAUCGAUGGGCUAGUUGACAAUAUUUUAGAGAUGCACUUGAAGACAGCCAAAGUCCAGCAAUUGAACCAAACCUCAGGCCCUUCUCUACAGGAAAGAAAUGUCUUCAGUCAAAUUUUUGAAUCAUUACAUCAGAAGAACAAGACACAACCUUUGAACAGCACGAAAAUACUGAGAAGAGGCCGUAAAACUGUUAAGCCAAAAUCUCUACAUGCAUUAUUUCAAGAAAAUGAAACCUCAAACGGUGAUAAUAAGGUCAGUUUAACUGAUAAAGAUAUUAGAGACUUCCCAUUGUCCCUAACUUCCAACUAUUUCCAGAAAUCUGUAGACACACAAGGUAAUGCAUCGAAAAGUGUUGAGUUUUUCAAAGAACAAGAAAAAAUCAGAAAGGAAUUAUUCGAAAAACUGGAGCCAACUUUGAGACAUAUCAACUCAUUGAACACAGAUGUUGACGUAUACAGAUUUGCAUUAAAGAUGACAGAAAAGUAUUUGAAACAGUCCAAAUCCAACAAACCAAACUCACAAAAGUCAUUCAGCCUUGAAGAGGUAGCCAUUCAGUCCUCAAAAACCCCGGAAUUACCUCUUUUAACCCCAACAGUCAUUCAGGCAUUAAUAUUACACUGCGUGAUAUCAUUGAUUGUAGAUUUCAAUUCUUAUGAUUACGCCAUUAACAUCUUUGAGAAAAUAAAGGCUUGGGAUAUAAGCCUGUACAUGGUUACCUGCACUAAUGAUUUCUACAACGUUAUUUUGAAGCAAACAUGGCUGAAAACACAGGACUUGGACCCAAUUUUAGCUCUUCUUCAAGAGAUGAAAACGAACGGCGUAAACGGUAAUCUCCGUACUUUGGAAAUACUUGCGCAGAUUAAACUAUACUUUGCUCAAAGAAGAUUGUCCAACAUCCAAGUUGACAAUGUGGCUGAUAUUUCGAACAACUCCACAGAAAAGUCCAUGUUGAAGACUAUUGACAGAGAAUUGAAGAGGUUGGUGAAACAAUAUCUUGAGGAAAGGUACUAA